UGAGUGAACUCUAAAGUUCACACUAACCAAUGUUCCAAAUCCAUAUAUAGCCAGCCACCCCUGCACCCAUCACACUGCAGUGACCAAUUUGAGUUCAAAAUCAAAACAAGGGGCCAUCUUUGAGAUAUCUGUCAACAUCAAUCAAGCCAUGGCCAUGGUCAUGCCUCUGUUUCUGAUCUUCCUUCUGCACAUAACCUCGGCGACAUCACCAGAUCUCCGACCUGGGUUCUACUCGAAAACAUGUCCACAAUCCGAAAUCAUAGUCCGAGAUGUCAUGAAGAAGGCCCUUGCGAGGGAAGCCAGAAGUGUUGCCUCUGUCAUGCGCCUCCAGUUCCACGAUUGCUUCGUCAACGGGUGUGAUGGUUCUGUGUUGCUGGAUGACACGCCAACCAUGCUUGGGGAGAAACUGUCACUCUCAAACAUAAAUUCGCUCAGAUCAUUUGAAGUUGUUGAUCAAGUGAAGGAAGCGCUCGAGAAGGCGUGUCCGGGAGUUGUUUCCUGCGCUGACAUCAUCAUUAUGGCAUCCAGAGAUGCUGUGGCUCUGACAGGUGGACCCGACUGGGAGGUGAGGUUGGGAAGAUUGGACAGCUUGAGUGCUAGUCAAGAAGAUUCAGACGAUAUCAUGCCGAGUCCAAGAGCCAAUGCAAGCUAUCUUAUUGAUCUCUUCCAGAAAUUUAACCUUACUGUGAAAGACCUAGUAGCACUCUCAGGAUCUCACUCUAUUGGCCAAGGUCGUUGUUUUUCCAUCAUGUUUAGGCUAUACAAUCAAUCUGGAACUGGAAGACCUGACCCUGCCAUUGACCCUACCUAUAGAGAAGAGCUUAACAGGCUAUGUCCACUGGACGUUGACCAAAACGUGACAGGGAACCUUGAUUCCACGCCUGUGGUCUUUGAUAACCAAUAUUUCAAGGACUUGGUUGCUGGGAGAGGAUUUCUUAACUCUGAUCAAACCCUUUUCACAUUCCCCCAGACAAGGGAGUUUGUGAGGUUGUUUAGUAAACAUCAAAAUGAGUUUUUCAAAGCAUUUGCGGAAGGAAUGGUGAAAAUGGGUGACUUGCAGUCUGGUCGGCCUGGGGAAGUGAGGACAAAUUGCAGGGUCGUCAAUGCUCGCCCGGUUCAUUUGCUGCUUGAAUAUCCAGACAAGAUGGAGAAUAAUGUUGAAUAUAUGUAAAUAAAUGCAUGUCAUUUGAGAUUCAAGCACUGUACGCUUUAUCUCUAUGAAACAAAAUUUACAAUGAAAGUAUGAAGUAUCGUGGCUAAUUUUAGUGUAGGACUUCAUGAUUUCAUCCCAA